ACAGUAAUUCAGUAUGACAAGAAAAAAGAUUGACUCACAAGUAAGUGUUGAUUUUCAGCCACAGAAAGAGCUGUUUUCUCCUACAUUCGUUAGCGCCGAUCCCAAUUCCCUUUCGUUUUCCGAAUGGUCAGACCACGAUGUUAAUGCAGUGAAAUGGGACACCGAUGAUAAAGACAAGAAUUUUUCACUCUAUGAAGAUCCCCAAACUGUUCAUUUGCCUCCAAGCAUUCAUGGUCAUGAGUGGAAGAGAUCAACUCAAUUAUUUCCUGAUACGGAUCUGACGAUUUAUAAUGAGAGGUCUGUCUAUCCUGACUUGAUGGCUGGCAGCCAGCACCUACUGGAUUCGGAAUUCGUCCGUAGUUUCAUAUCCAGCAUCGAGAUUUUGUGCUAUCUAGGCAGCUUUGGGAAGUUUCCUUCUGAGUAUACUUCUUCCCAAUUCGUCUCCAACACUGAUGGUCAGGCCUGGAAGCCGUGGCAUCACAUAUAUUCAAAUUGCCGAGCCGGAAAAGUAGAGAAACACACACCAAGUGUUAAUAAGAGUGGAAAGUACAUAGUUCGGAUCUUCUGGAUGGGAUGCUGGAGAAAGGUCUACGUAGACGACUUCUUACCAUUGGACACAUCCCAAAAAUUGAUGCUGCCUUCUCUGCAAAUCGACAAGCAGAUAACACGAAUAGCUAGUUCCAAAACGACCUCACAAGUAAACAUAUCCAAAAGAGAACAUUCAGAGUUGAAAAAAAUCAGGAUCAAAGAAUCAAACGUGGUCGAAAUGUGGCCUUUUUUGUUGUCCAAAGCCCUUAUGAAGGUGGCUAGUCUGACUUGGACCGACAAAGAGGAACUGAAUGAUUUUGAUAUUAUACAAUGUCUUACAGGUUGGAUGCCGUUUAAGAUGUACACCGGAGGUCUUGGUUUGGAGAAGGUUUGGGACUUUUGUAGGAAACACACAACCAAGUUUUCAUGGCCCGAGGAAUUGGAGGAAUCCAAAAGCAAGAAAUUAAAGAGUGUCACCAAAAUAGCGGAAGAAGAUGAAGAUGCCUUCAAGGGAGAUUGCUAUCUCACCUUGUGUUAUUCAAAACCAGAAUCUAAAGGGACAGUCCGCCAUAGUAUUCUUGUUGAUCAGAGCAGAGACAUACCCUUGAUCAAACCAUCGAAAAAAGCAGAUUUCCCAAGGUGGAAGCAAUACAGAUGGCUAGAUUGGGCUAUCGAGAAACAAUUAAUUCCCCCUUUGGAAAGCUCUGUUCCCAUAAGAUGUUUGAAAACUGUCGAUCCGUUCAGGAGUGUUUACGAUAAUGAGGUUCUUGACAACCAGAAAUCCAGAUCGGUAGUAGUUGAGAGUAUUACAAGCCAUAUCACAUACGGAAGUUUACCAUCAGGAGCAAUAAAAAUAGAAGGGAAAGAAGAGAAGGAGAAAAAAAAAGGAGAUAAGAGAGAGAGCAUUAUUUGUAAUCCAGUCGUGACUUCCAUGGGCAUCAAAUAA